AUGGGGUGCCAGCCAUUGGAAAAGGGAAAACCAAAACAUAAGAAGGGGUUAUGGUCACCUGAAGAAGACAACAAGCUCAGAAACCACAUCCUUAAACAUGGUCAUGGUUGCUGGAGUUCUGUCCCCAUUAAGGCAGGUCUGCAGAGGAAUGGAAAGAGUUGCAGACUAAGAUGGAUUAACUAUCUAAGGCCAGGAUUAAAGAGAGGGAAGUUCAACAAACAGGAAGAAGAAACAAUCCUGACCCUUCACCACAUGCUAGGCAACAAGUGGUCACAGAUAUCACAGCAUUUGCCAGGAAGAACAGACAAUGAGAUUAAAAACUACUGGCAUUCAUAUUUGAAAAAGAGAGUGGCCAAAGCUAAGGAAAUGGAUUCUCAUAAGCAAAUCAAGUAUGCUAGUUCAAGCUCAGAUACCAUGGACUCUUCAAAUUCUCUCCAAAAACUUGCAACUCAAGCCACACAGAAUUGUAACUUCACCAAAGAGGCUUGUCAAAGCUCCUUACCAAAACUGUUAUUUGCUGAGUGGCUUUCAUUGGACCAAGUAAACUCUGCAAAUUCAGUUGACUCUUUUGGUUUGAGAAAUGGAUUUGAUCAAAAUUCAACUCUUCAAGGAGCUCCAAUUCAUGAUAUCUCAGAGGUACCCUUCGGUGGAGGGUACCAUAGAUGUGUAGCUAACAUUUCAUCCCCUGAGAUGUUCAAUUCAGAGCUGAAGUAUGCAAAUCAAAUGGUGGAAAAUGGUUUCAUCCAUUGCAUGCCUGGAGUUGACUUAAUUAGCAACUUCAGCCUGAGCAAUGAUGCAAUAUUGUACAUAUGA